UUUCGGGUAUUGCAAUCUCUACACCACAAGCAAAUAUUUCUUCCAAAUUGGAUUCACUUUACAGUUUUGGAUAUUGUGAAUCUGGCGAUAGCAAAAAGUUAAAACCUAAAUCACAAAAAAAACAAGCUACAUUACCAACAAUGCUCAAAUCUAAUAUUAAUACUCCAUAUAAAGGUGAAAGGCAAAAAGAAAUAGUCAAAGGA